GAAUUAGGGCUUGAUUGCCGGCUCGAAAUCGUGGGAAGGAAUCGGCAUGUCGACGGAGAGGAAGCGGAAGGUCAGCCUCUUCGACGUAGUAGACGAGGCAGCGGUCUCGACGAAGCUGGCUCGGGUAAACGGAUCGUUCACUGCAGGCGCUGCCGCGCCGCUUUUGCCUGUGACGAUCAACCGAUGGACAGGGCGGACAUACUCGCAAAGGUACUUCGAGAUCCUGGACAAGAGGAAGACACUUCCCGUAUGGCAGCAGAAAGAUGAGUUCCUUCAAGUUCUCCGUGACAAUCAGACCCUUAUUCUUGUCGGUGAAACUGGGAGUGGCAAGACCACCCAGAUACCUCAAUUUGUCUUGGAAGCUGACUUCUUAGGAAAACGUCCAAUGGUUGCUUGUACACAACCUCGUAGAGUGGCUGCUAUGUCUGUUUCUCGUCGAGUUGCUGAGGAGAUGGAUGUAACAAUUGGAGAAGAGGUUGGUUAUAGCAUUCGAUUUGAAGAUUGCAGCAGUGCUAAAACUAUUUUGAAGUACCUAACUGAUGGUAUGCUUUUAAGAGAAGCAAUGGCUGAUCCACUUUUGGAGAGGUAUAAGGUGAUUAUCCUUGAUGAGGCACAUGAGCGAACAUUAGCAACGGAUGUUCUUUUUGGUCUUCUCAAAGAGGUUCUAAGAAAUAGGCCUGAUCUAAAAUUAGUUGUCAUGAGCGCAACUCUUGAGGCUGAGAAAUUCCAAGGAUAUUUUAAUGGAGCUCCACUAAUGAAGGUACCAGGAAGGCUGCAUCCUGUAGAGAUCUUCUAUACUCAAGACCCUGAGAGGGAUUAUUUGGAAGCUGCAAUUAGGACUGUAGUACAGAUACACAUGUGUGAAACCCCUGGUGACAUUCUUGUUUUUCUCACGGGAGAGGAGGAGAUAGAGGAUGCCUGUCGGAAAAUCACAAAGGAAAUCAAUAAUUUGGGUGAUCAAGUUGGUCCUAUUAAAGCGGUCCCUCUUUAUUCUACUUUGCCUCCAGCAAUGCAACAGAAGAUAUUUGAGCCUGCUCCAGCUCCUCUAAAGGAGGGUGGUUUACCUGGAAGGAAGAUUGUUGUAUCAACCAACAUUGCAGAAACAUCUCUGACUAUUGAUGGUAUAGUUUAUGUUAUUGACCCAGGUUUCUCAAAACAGAAGGUUUAUAACCCACGAAUUCGUGUGGAGUCAUUGUUGGUUUCUCCAAUUUCCAAAGCAAGUGCUCAUCAGAGAUCAGGGCGUGCUGGUAGAACGCAACCUGGGAAAUGCUUUAGACUUUACACUGAAAAAAGUUUUAAUAAUGAUCUACAACCCCAGACCUAUCCUGAAAUUCUCAGGUCGAAUCUGGCAAACACAGUUCUUACAUUGAAGAAACUUGGAAUUGAUGAUCUUGUUCAUUUUGAUUUUAUGGAUCCUCCUGCACCUGAGACCUUGAUGCGGGCCUUGGAAGUUUUGAACUACUUGGGUGCUCUAGAUGAUGAUGGAAACUUAACUAAGUUAGGUGAAAUCAUGAGUGAAUUUCCAUUGGAUCCACAGAUGUCAAAGAUGCUUGUUGUUAGUUCAGAGUUUAAUUGUUCUAAUGAAAUUCUAUCAGUUUCAGCAAUGCUAUCAGUACCCAAUUGCUUUGUGCGGCCUAGGGAAGCUCAAAAAGCUGCUGAUGAAGCAAAAGCUCGGUUUGGCCACAUCGACGGGGAUCACCUAACUCUUUUAAACGUGUAUCACGCUUACAAGCAAAAUAAUGAAGACCCUUCAUGGUGUUUUGAUAAUUUUAUUAACCAAAGGGCAUUGAAGGCUGCUGACAAUGUGAGGCAGCAACUUGUGCGUAUAAUGGCCAGAUUCAACCUCAAGCUUUGCAGCACAGACUUCAACAGCCGUGAUUAUUAUGUAAACAUAAGAAAAGCAUUGCUUGCAGGAUACUUUAUGCAAGUAGCUCAUCUUGAAAGAACUGGGCAUUACUUGACAGUGAAGGAUAACCAGGUUGUUCAUCUUCAUCCUUCAAACUGCUUAGAUCACAAGCCUGAGUGGGUAAUCUACAAUGAAUACGUUUUGACUAGCAGGAACUUUAUUCGCACAGUUACAGAUAUCCGUGGCGAGUGGCUAAUUGACAUAGCUCCACACUAUUACGACCUCAGCAACUUUCCCUCAUGUGAGGCAAAGCGAGUUCUGGAAAGGUUGUAUAGUAAGCGUGAGAAAGACAAGCAAGAUACCAAGAACAGGAAAUAAGUAAAGCCCUACUCCUUACAUCCAUUCUCUGCGCUAAUAAAGAGCCAUACUUUAGUUGUCCAAGGUCUGAAUUUGAACCAGAGAUUUACAUACUUUGUGCUGCAUGUAAUAGAGGCAUUUGACGUUCUCCUUCGCUACCGUUGAAAUUCUAUCUAUUUAAGCUAGAAAUCUAGAUACUACUUUUUGAAUGAAGAAAUUAAGGUUUAUAUUUAUAUUUCUGCUCGACUUAUUCUGCAUGAUUUACCUUUGUAAAUUUUAAUAAAAUUACCAAAUAUGUCGUCCACUUAUCUC